AGGAACAAAAAAAACCUCAUUGAUUGGACUACAAAUGAAGUCGAGAUAGCGACCGUCCAACCACGCGUUUUUAAACGCCAAAAACAAAAAAACCCUUGAAAAACAGUGUUUUCUUACGGCGCAACCAUUGGCAUAGAAAUUGCUCCAUCCAACUGCCCAAUGGGGGCCGACACCUCCCCUGAUCAGCAGUACUCGCUGCGCUGGAACGACUUUCACUCCUCAAUUUUGAGUUCCUUUAGGCAUUUAAGGGACGAGGAAGAUUUUGUCGACGUAACCUUGGCUUGUGAUGGCUGCUCAUUUACAGCACAUAAAGUGGUUCUUUCCGCAUGUAGUCCAUAUUUUAGGAGGUUACUGAAGGCGAAUCCUUGCUCACAUCCUAUUGUCAUACUAAGGGAUGUGCAACAGAAAGAUAUGGAGAGUUUAUUGAGGUUUAUGUAUAAUGGAGAAGUUCAUAUAGGACAAGAACAUCUAACAGAUUUUUUAAAGACUGCCCAAAUGUUACAAGUAAGAGGACUAGCUGACGUUUCAGCAGGAGCUGCAGGCCAAAGACUGACUGUACCAGAAAAGAUCUCACCUAACUCUUCGUCGCUGCCCUGGGCCACCGACAGACCGGACGCGUUACGCGACGGCGGCGCCCUAUCGCCGCCUCCGGCCAAAAGGUCCAGGAGCUCGGAUCGCGUCGGCGGCGGGGUGUACACGCCCGACAGGCAUCGCAGCCCCUCCAGGGGCAACGGGGACAUGCAGGAGUCCCUUCUCGGCCAGGCGCUGGAAGGCGGACCCACCUUACACACCAAGGAGAAAUCCGAUUCGUCUCUGCAAGCGCAAUCGACAGGAGAGGACAGCAAUUCCAGCGACACGGCGAUGAGUGAACAUGGCGAUGACGGUCCCAAUAAUAACACAAAGACUGAACAAUCCGACUACCCCAUGCUGGACGAUCAUCACCCAUAUAACACCAACGGCGGUCUCAUGGACCAAUCGCGGAACCCCUUCCCCGGAGCUCUACUUGGACUACAAGGCUUAGGAGGACUGAUGCCAGGACCUUCAGGAAUGCACAACAGUCCCGAUAAUUUUGUUUCCAGACGUUCUUUAGAUAUGAUGAGGGUUAGGGCCACAGAUCCACGUCCAUGUCCGAAGUGCGGGAAAAUAUACAGGUCGGCGCAUACGUUGAGGACCCACUUGGAAGAUAAACACACGAUAUGCCCGGGUUAUAGGUGCGUUUUGUGCGGAACAGUGGCCAAGUCCAGGAACUCUCUGCAUUCGCAUAUGUCCAGGCAACACAGGGGUAUAAGCACAAAGGACCUUCCAGUUCUGCCGAUGCCCGCUCCCUUUGAUCCAGAUCUGGCCAGCAAGCUUCUAGCGAAAGCCGGCGUGAAAAUAAGUCCGGCAGAACUGCGCGCCCGAGCAUCGCCGACCGGACCGCGCAGAUCCGACGUCAAACUCGACGCGAAAAGCGCCUACUCCGGCGCCGUAUCGGAAGCCGGAAGCUCGAUAUGCGGCGAAAACGACCCCGAGGAUCUGACGAUGUCGCAUCCAAGGUACGGCGCCUUCGACUUCGCAAUGUCUCCGCCUAACUCUUUCAAACCUAGCAGGUUCGCCGCGAGCGCGGCCGUCGCGGCGAAGAGCAUAGACUCCUUGCACAACCUCAGCAAGGAGCCCUACCCGGCGCCGCUGGCGCCCCCGGCGGCGGCGGCGGCGAACCUCAUCGCCACCAGCCCGCUGCUGGACUCCUACUUCCAGUACAUGACGGAAAACACGCUGGGCAUGGGAAUGAUGUCGCCGGAGCAGGCCGCAGCCGCGAUGCAGGUGGCGAAAUUCGCGCAGCUGAACGCCAUGGGGAUGGACAAGGGGCUGCAGCAGCAGCUCUUCGAGAAAAUGCAGCAGAUGCAGAACAACGCGGACUACAGCAACUUGAUCAAGCGUAACGACGAAAUAAGGCGUGGUGAAGCGGAAAUGGUGAACCACGACAGAGACCCUAAGGAAAAUGAUGAAGGGGAAUCUUCGGCUGGAGAGGAGGACGAGUACAGCGAAGACGAAAUGGAACCUGAGACCGCAAAAGCAGGGGAAUGAGUUUUUAGUCUUAAUAUGUAUAGCAAACAGCCGGUUAUCAUCACGCAUUAAUUCCAUCCAUACUACCUCAGUUUCAGGGUGUUUUUAAACGAAACACCCCAUGUAAAAGCCAAGUCGAUUCAUUUAACAGACGGUCUAAAU